AGGACGAGGAUAAGGUGGAAUUCAGGACGAGGUCAGACAGACUUGGAAACAUGAACCCCGUCGCUUGUCUUCCUCUUCGAGCGAGCGCCGCCACCCCUCCCUUCUCAUCCCGCUGCCGAGCAGCGCCCCUGCGCCCUCGCUCCGUCUCUCGUUUUCCUCCUCGUGCGAGCGACUCCACCGCAGGCAUCUAUCUCCCCUUCGGUUCUCUCGCUCCCGUCACCUCACGAACAGUGGUGAAAAGAAGAAGACACAAAAAUGGUAUUUACGCUUCUUUGUUUGGCGUUGGAGCUCCUGAAGCUCUUGUAAUUGGUGUGGUUGCUUUGCUGGUUUUUGGCCCCAAGGGUCUAGCAGAGGUAGCCAGGAAUUUAGGAAAGACUUUGCGUGCUUUCCAACCAACCAUUAGAGAGCUACAGGAUGUAUCAAGGGAUUUCAGGAGCACUCUUGAACGAGAAAUCGGACUUGAUGAGGUUUCCCCAUCCACGAAUUAUAGGCCUACAACCAUGAAUAACAAUGAACAACCUGCUUCCGUCUCAAAUGACAAGCCUGAAACUGCGGUGCCUUACACCAGUGAGGAACUCAUGAAAGUUACUGAAGAACAGUUAGCUGCAUCCGCAUCUGCUGCUUGGAAUAGUCAGCAACCAUCCCGUUUAGAACAGAAAGAAACAGCAGCGCCUUCUCAAAGUAGUGACGCGGCAUUAUCAGCAGGAAGUGAUGGUCCUGGUGCUGUGACGAGCGAGCCCAAUCCAAGCAAUUCCGAGAAGGCAAAACUGACAGACGAAGCAUAGUAAUUGAGAAAAAUGUAUGGCAUGCAAUGUAGAGCAAGGGGAAAGCUUUGAUAUCAAUUUUUUUAGAAGGAGGUUUGAGAUUAUGAGUAGUGGAGCUGGAUCGGUCGGGCCUCCAGUGAUUUCAGGCUUUGAGUACUGUAGUAGAGGCUUGGAAUGUUGAAUUGUGCUCUUGUGUAGCAAGGAGAGAUAUAGAUAGAUGAUGCAAAAGCGAGCUGUGUAUAUCUUUGUCCUCCCUCUGACGUCUUGUUUUGCUACGGCUUUUGUUGUCCUCAAAGGGCGUGUUCAGUUUGCAACCA